AUGGAGCGACACGAUGCUGGACUCAUCGGAGCAUCGCUCCCUGAUGAAUUGCUCCAAACCAUCCAGAAUCACAACAGCAGCAAUGCAAUCUACUUGCAAUCACUUACAAAAGCUGCCCUGGACGCUCGCUACACAUACAUCUUGCUGGCACACUGCGGAGAUCUGUUCGCACACAUAUGUGCUUCACUUCGCGAAAAUGCAUCGUUCUCCACCUCAAUCGCCACGUUAGGUCGAGUGAUACCCCAUGCAUCAUUUCUGGCACCCUUCGCGACUGAACUUUUGGAGCGUGAGAGGCACGAGUCGGGCGAGUCGGAAGACGAGGAUCUACUCUUUUUCCUGGGACUCUUUCGGUUGCUCCAAUUCGACCAUCGGACCUUCGGCAAAUAUGUCCAGGCCGAUAAACUGGCUACACAAUUGGCUCACUCCAGUAGACCGGUCACUUACCUCAUUUUACGGAUCCUUCAGAUACAUCUCAGUGCUGCGGAUCACUGGUUCGAAAGCGCCGUCAAAAAGUAUCUUGGGGCGGAACGCGAUCUCGGGAGUGAGAUUGAUGGUCUCUGGGACGAGAAAGUCAUCGACUACCGCUUUUUGUCUCUGUGGGAGGAGGAUCGCUUUCAUGCUGUGACGGACCUGAUCGAGGAUGUAAGGACGUCUAUCGAUCGUACUGCUGGCCCUGCACGUACCAUUCAGGCCGGCGACUUUCAUUCCUCGACUGCUCUCGUUGGAAGCGUCUUGUUCCCACGGACCGGCACAGAGUCUUCGAUCAGCAUCGAAAAACUGGUCACAACAGAGACCGUGGUACGAAAUCUGGACUCACUCGCACAUGCGUUGAAAUCAUCGAGUCCACUCCUACUGACGGGAUUGCCUGGUGCUGGCAAGACAACGCUCAUUCGAAGUGCCGCCCAGUCCUUGGGCAAGCUCAACAAAAUGGUGACACUCCAUUUGAACGAGCAGAGUGAUGCAAAGCUUUUGCUCGGCAUCUACACCACUGGUGACACUCCUGGUUCAUUCRUAUGGCGUGCAGGUGUCUUGACAACAGCCGUGCAAGAAGGACGUUGGGUGUUGAUUGAAGACCUUGACCGAGCACCCAAUGAAGUGCUUGGCACUUUGUUGCCGUUGAUUGAGAGACGCGAGCUUCAACUCUCAAAUCGAAAGGAUACAAUCUACGCCGCAGAAGGCUUCAGGAUUCUCGCCACCGUUCGGAGCACAGUGAACCACCGUGGCGAGGAAUCGAAGCCCCUCACACACAUGCUUGGAUUUAGGCACUGGCAGGCUGUGCCCAUCGCUAUGCCCUCGUCUGAAGAGCAUGGUCUGAUUGCAAAGAAUCUCUACCCCAACCUUGAACCGUUCAUGCCACAGUUUAUGACGCUGUUCGAACGGCUGAUGGCUUCUCGACAGCAAUCAGCUGGUCAAAGCAAGACCGGGGUUGCCCGUCCGAUCAGCCCACGAGACCUGCUCAAGUGGUGUCAACGAGUAUCUUUACUUCUCAAAAACCGCACAAGCUUYACCGCUGGCGAUUUUGACUUCAUCUUUCUGGAGGCGAUCGACUGUUUUGUUGGCGCGCUUCCGGACGAUGCCACCCGCGCCGGCCUUUCUGCUGUCAUGGCAGAAGAGCUACGCAUCGACCCUCAGCGACGCGACUAUCUUCUCAGCGGCCAUGAAGUGAAGUAUGAAGCCGACAAGACCAAGAUCGUCAUCGGCCGUUACAGUCUGGCAAAAUCUCGUCAGGUCAAGAACCAGAUUGGGUCAUUCUCCACUAAUCCUCAUACUACCCGUAUGUUGGAGAGAGUCACUGCGGCAGUCCUCAACCGAGAGCCAUUGCUACUUGUGGGAGAGACUGGUGUUGGAAAGACGACCGCUGUGCAACACCUUGCAGCCAACCUGGGAAAGAAGCUGGUCCCGUUCAACUUGUCUCAGCAGAGUGAAGCCGGGGAUCUUUUGGGAGGCUUCAAGCCCGUCAACGCAAGAACCCUGAUGGUACCGCUGAAGGACGACUUUGAUGAUCUCUUUGCUCAAAGCUUCAGCUCUGCGAAGAAUAUCGAUUUCACCCGGUCACUAGGCAAGGCUAUGGCGAAGGGCAAGUGGAAGACGGUUUGCCAGCUAUUCAAUGCAGCCCUCGGUAUGGUAGACCAGCAGCGGGCUUCGUCACCUCCGAGAGAAGGCGAGGCGCCAAGCAAGAAGCGCAAGGUUGACUCAAAAUACGUGAUCGACUUCGCUCGCUGGGACGAAUUUGCUGCUCAAUUUAGAGCCAUUGAGCGCAAGUUGGGCAGUGGCGGAAGCGAUGCCAUUGCUUUCACUUUUGUUGAGGGCAACAUCGUCAAGGCUGUGCGCAAUGGUGAUUGGGUACUGCUAGAUGAGAUCAACUUGGCAUCGUCCGACACCCUCGAGGCGAUUGCCGACCUUCUCGACCCUCUGCCGUCUCUGCUUUUGACCGAGGCUGGCAACAUCGAGCGCAUCAUCGCGAAUCCCGACUUCCGCGUCUUUGCCGCUAUGAAUCCUGCCACGGAUGUUGGAAAGAAGGAUCUUCCACCAGGCAUUCGAUCACGCUUCACGGAGCUGUAUGUCGAGAGCCCCGACAGGGACCUCAAGAGCCUACAGAGUAUUGUGCGAGCGUACCUUCGACAAGAGUCGACAGCCGAUGCAGCCAUCUCAGUGGACGUCAGCAAGCUCUACAUGGAGAUUCUCGACCUUGCGAGACAGAACAAGCUCGUUGACGGAGCAGGUCAGAGGCCUCAUUUCUCUCUCCGGACGCUCACAAGAACACUUAGCUUCGCCAAGAUCAUUCAGCAAACCUGCAGUCUGCGCAGAGCGCUCUAUGAAGGAUUCCAGAUGAGCUUCUUGACCUUUCUCGAUAUCGAGUCUGCUCGGUUGAUCCAGCCGCUUAUCGAGAAGGCGCUGUUCAAGAAGACGAACGUCAAAUCAGAGCUACAAAAGUCUCUGGCGAAGCCGAACGAUGCGCAUUCGUAUGUGAAAGGCUACCCACAGUCCAGUGAAUACCCCGAGUCGAAGCAUUGGAUUCGACAAGGAUCUGUCGAGCUCCAGGAUCAGCCAGACUACAUCAUCACAAAUUUUGUGCGCAGCAAUUUGGAGAAUCUGGUUCGUGCUGCAAGCACACGUCAGUUCCCUGUUCUGAUCCAAGGUCCAACAUCAAGCGGAAAGACGAGCAUGAUUGAGUACCUUGCUAAGAGGACAGGGCAUAAAUUCACACGCAUCAACAAUCACGAACAUACGGACUUGCAGGAGUAUCUUGGCACCUAUGUCUCCGACUCCUCUGGUCGGUUGGCCUUUCAAGAGGGAGUACUCGUAAAGGCACUGCGAGAGGGACAUUGGAUCGUGCUAGAUGAGCUGAACUUGGCUCCUACGGACGUUUUGGAAGCUUUGAACAGAUUACUGGAUGACAAUCGCGAACUUUUAAUUUCGGAGACACAAGAAGUUAUCCGCCCUCAUCCAGAUUUCAUGCUGUUCGCUACGCAGAACCCAGCGGGCCUGUACGGAGGUCGAAAGACGCUAAGUAGAGCCUUCCGCAAUCGUUUCUUGGAGCUGCAUUUCGACGAUAUUCCCGUCGAUGAGCUGCAGACGAUUCUCCACCGACGCACGCAGCUUCCCGAAUCCAGAGCAAGACGCAUCGUUGCUGUCUACAAGGAACUCUCGAUUUUGAGGCAGGAGAAUCGUCUCUUYGAACAGAAGAGUUUUGCAACACUUCGUGAUCUGUUUCGCUGGGCUGGAAGACCGAAUGACACAAUCGAGCAAUUGGCGGCAAAUGGCUACAUGCUUCUUUGCGAGCGUGUUCGAAAACCGGAAGAACGCAUUGCUCUCAAAGCUGUGAUUGAGAGAGUCAUGAGCGACAAAGGUCCGAAAGUGCGCAUCGAUGAAGACGCACUUUACGCGGAGAAUUGCCCAGAGAUCGCACACCAUAAGCAGCAAAGCGCUACGACGAAUGGGGUCGUCUGGACAAAAGCUAUGCGCAGGCUUUACGUUCUUGUCAGCAGGGCCAUCGCAAACAACGAGCCUGUGCUUCUCGUGGGCGAGACAGGAUGUGGCAAGACGACCGUCUGUCAGAUGUUAGCAAUGGCCCUGGAUAAGGAGCUUCACACGAUCAACGCGCAUCAGAACACCGAGACUGGAGAUCUUAUUGGCAGUCAGCGCCCCGUGAGGAACCGCGCCGGCGCAGAAGCAACGCUGCGAGAACAGUUGUUGUCAUCUUCUUUGCUGGUCGUCGAGCAGGAUGAACCAACUGAUGCACUUCUCGCAGCGUAUGACCARGCCCUGGCUGCUUUGACCAAGGAGCAGAGGGCAGCCCACGUCCAGGGAAAUCUCCACAAUGACAUUCAAGAGUCACGCACUCGAUACAAAGCUCUCUUCGAAUGGGCCGAUGGAAGUCUCGUACAAGCCAUGCGCAAUGGGGCCUUCUUCCUCCUUGAUGAAAUCUCUCUUGCCGACGACUCCGUGCUGGAACGUAUCAACAGCGUUCUGGAAUCCGCGCGCUCAAUACUGUUGGCAGAGAAGGGCAGCCUCGACUCAGCAAUCACCGCAGCGCCAGGCUUCCAAUUUUUUGCGACCAUGAAUCCUGGUGGUGACUACGGAAAGCGGGAGCUCUCUCCUGCUCUCCGUAAUCGUUUCACCGAGAUUUGGCUCCCAAGUCUGAGUGACACGGAUGACAUACUUCAGAUUGUGCAGGCAAAACUCAGUGAAGAUGCAGCUCGAGGGUACGCCGGCGCUAUGGUGGAAUUUGCAAGUUGGUUCAAAGCUCGCUUUGAUACAUCUGCGAGUGCAUCUGUGUCGAUUCGAGACACGCUUGCGUGGGUGGAGUUCGUCAACGCUUUCCAGUCUGCAAAUCUUGAAGCGGCAGUCGUGCAUGGCGCUGCUAUGGUGUACAUUGACACGCUGGGUGCGAAUCCAGCUGGGCUCAUGUCACUAACAUCGAACAACAUCGAGGAAGAGCGGGAGGCCUGCCUCCAGCAGCUCGGCAAACUCGUGGCCCUGCAUGCGCAAGCCAUAUAUGGCAAGAUUUUCUCCGUCAUCGCAACCGAUUCGGCGUUUGGGAUCGGGCCCUUCACUGUCCCUCGGGUGCAAGGCAAUACGCCGGUCGAUACAGACUUCACAUUCGAGCCUCCAACAACGCGAUCGAAUGCUAUGCGUGUGCUGAGGGCAUUGCAGCUCGUCAAGCCGAUCAUGCUCGAAGGCAGUCCUGGUGUUGGCAAGACUGCUCUUGUAACAGCCAUCGCCAGUGCAGUCGGCAUGCCACUGACACGCAUCAACUUGUCCGACCAAACCGACUUGCUCGAUCUGUUCGGCUCCGACGCUCCUGUUGAAGGCGCAGCCACGGGCACGUUUGUUUGGCGAGACGCACCAUUCCUGACGGCUAUGAAGGCAGGCGAGUGGGUACUCCUCGACGAGAUGAACCUUGCUUCCCAGUCUGUACUUGAGGGCCUCAACGCGUGUUUGGACCACAGAGGAGAAGUUUUCAUUCCCGAGCUUGGCCAGUCCUUUUCCCGGCAUCCCAAUUUCCGACUAUUCGCAGCACAAAACCCUCAUCAUCAGGGCGGCGGCCGCAAAGGUCUGCCCGCAUCAUUCGUCAACAGAUUCACGGUAGUGUACGCCGAUUCCUUCCGAGCAGAUGACUUGAUGAUGAUCUGCACUCGGAUGUUCCCCUCUCUCACAGAGCAGUACAUCAAACAAGCGGUCGCGUUUGUCAGCAGUCUCCAGCACGAAGUGGCAGGCAACAGAAGCUUCGGCGCCAGCGGAGGCCCUUGGGAGUUCAACCUUAGAGACACAGCACGGUGGCUGGACCUCGCCGCUUCUCAAGAGAACCUUCUUCCCACCGGUACCCCCCACGAUUUCAUCGACACCCUCUUCACGCAACGUUUUCGCACGGACCAGGACAGGGGUCGUGUCGAGGAAGUCUUCGACUUCGUGUUCCCGGGCGCUGAUGCGAUGUCAGAUCUCUUCACAAACAUGUCCAGCCAGACACUCCAGAUUGGCUUGGGAUUUCUUGCCAGGGACCCUCUGAACUCGACGCCUCGGACGACUUGGUGCAGUAACGUCUCCAGCAUUCAUCUACGGGCUCUGCAAACACUUAUGCUAUGCGUGCACAAGGCCUGGCCUGUCGUUCUCGCUGGUGCACCUGGAGCUGGAAAGUCCACAUUGGUCGGACGUCUUGCUCAGAGUGUUGGCGCAGAGGUUGUAACGCUCGCUAUGAGCGCCGAGACUGAUGCCUUGGACCUAAUCGGUGGCUACGAGCAAUAUGAUCCCCAUCGCCUUUCAGCACAGGCUUUGAAGGAGUUGCACGCUCGAGGUGACUAUCUGGCAAAGCUCGCCCUCGUCGAGAACUCAGCUUCGACCACUGCGAAUCUGCUCCAUGCUUUCCAGCUAGUGGUGCAAGACCCUCGGAAUGUUACUAACUUGUCAUACCUAGCACAGCUUUUGCCCACAGACCUCCAGUCCGAAUUUCUGCCCUUGCUAGAGACGUUACGUGGGACUGCAUCUCAAGUUAUUGACAAGGCACGUUUUGAAUGGAUCGAUGGUCCCCUCAUCGAUGCUUUGCAACAAGGAAAAUGGUUGGUCCUUGAUAAUGCCAACUUGUGUAGCCCUUCUGUGCUCGAUCGCCUGAACUCCCUCUUGGAGCCCAAUGGCACCCUCCUCAUCAAUGAGCACACCACGCCGGAUGGCCAGRCCAGGGUCAUUCGUCCACACCCAGGCUUCCGCAUUUUCUUGACGGUUGACCCGCGCAUGGGAGAACUGUCGAGAGCUAUGCGUAAUCGUGCUGUUGAGGUCUAUCUCACGACACCAUCACUCGCGACUCAUGCUGCUUCAACCGACGGCAUGUACACCGAAUCGGCACUUACUCGAUUCAGAGCUCUUAGAACAGUCAACGCGGACGACGAGCAUGCUAUGAGGGUUGUGAAAGACCAUCUUGCUGUGACUGAUCAGCUCCUCAUUCCACGCUUUCAACGGGAGCUGAAGAACGGGCUGUUCUCAGGACGAUUCAUCCACACCGUUGAUUUGCAGUGUGAAGUCGACUUGACACGCGUCGUAACUCUUCACAAGGAAGUUUCAGGCCGUCUAAAAGCACCUGCUGACUACGCUUGUGUUCAGACUCUUCACCCUCUUAACAAUCAGCCUCUUCUCGCUCAAACUCCGGAAUACUCAAGUCAAGCCGCGGUCCUUGGCGACCAGUUUGAUCUAGCUGUCUCUUUGAAAUCGAUUGAUAAGUCUUUGAGUGCCGCGAAAACCAAUCGCAAAUUGACAGAUCGUUUGAAGCGAUUUAUGCGAAAAGCCAGAGAGGAAUCUGGUAAUAGAGGCAAGAGUGAGUUGCUGGACAUCCUAGAGAGAAUGCUUUCUCCUCUGGCGCAAUGGACACAGCAGCAAGGGGACAUUUACCAAAGGCCAAAUGUGCUGAGAAGCCUCCUUWCGCUUUGCUGGAUCCUUCUUCAUGCCCUGGAAUCCGAUGCGCUUGACUCCGCCCUCUUAGCUACCUGCGUGCUAGUCGCACAGUCGCUCUGGUCAAAGGGCUUGAAGGCCACACCCUCACUUUCGACAGUGCUGGAGCAAUUCCAUCAUGCACUUUCGGACUUGAGACUUACACCCAGCAGUGUGAAUGGACAAGCUUGCGUUUCAAUGUGGAGGAUUCUGAAGCCUCAGAUGCCUGCAACGAUGGAUGAUCUGGAGGCCGUUCUCAGAUUUGAGUCUGUGAUAGAUCGAUUUGACGAAGUUGUUAGCUUUCGCUUCCCCAUCAGUCAUAUUGUGGAUCUCAGACUUGCUUUCCAACGUUCGCUCAACGUAGCAAACACAGUGGAGGCCAAACUGGAUACCCUUGCCGAGCAAGCUAUGGCGUCAAUUCCGCAGCACAUUUCCGACGAGGAUGGCGAGCUGGCAAUAUCUAUCAAGCCCCAUUUUGCCAGCACUUUUGAGAGUCUAUGCCAACACUUCGCAAUAAUGGCCCUGCCUGCUCCGAUUCUUGACCCCAUCGAGAGCACAACCCUGGAGGUCCUUGCGCUUCGGAAGACCGCCAAUGGCAUCAAUCGUCAUGAAGGCCAGGCACGCACAGCAAAAGAUCAGCUUCGAAUCCUUGGCUUGAGCUCGCAGUCUCCAUUCAACGAUGAGUCUGCGGACGCCUCUGUCACCGUCAGAAUGCUGCGUAGCGUCAACCAGGUGAACCAAGUGAGCUUGCACAGCCUGGACUUGCUGUCGACCGAGGCCAAAGCGCUUGGCCACACAUUCGCAUCCAGGGCCGAUAUCAUACAGUCUGAACAGUUGUCGGCACUCGACGCCUGUCUGCGGAACCUGGUGCACACUGUUAUUCAGAGCUUACCCCAUGAGGGCGAGUUACCGGAUGAAGAUGCCCCAGAAAUGUUGAAGUACUUGGAAGAGUACCCCGGGUUUGCUUCAACUCUUACCCGUCUCUUGCCGGUGGUUAAGUACCUCUGUCACACGCCGAAAACUGGAACUAGCAGGUUGCAACACGCUGCUGAAGCAUGGCAGUCUCUGGCCUUGACCUGCUUUGAGCUAUACAUUCCAGACCAUGCAUUCGACCCCGUACAAGAGGCACAAAUACAGACAGCUGUCUAUCAGCAUACUAAGGAUGACCUUGUCUCAAGAAUGAAAGCGUUGCGGACAUUCAAGCAGGCUUGGGUCGGCGACCAAAACUCUUACCGCGCCCGCCUCCUCGAGGAUGACAUUUGUCACCUUGGUACGGGACCUACCAUUGUCCAAGUCUGUCGACCACCAAAGUCUCAGAUCGCUCAACUGCAUACGGAGUUCCAGGCGCUCGUAAGAACCAUCAAACCGCUUCGCCAAAGCGGCCAGCAGCUCGACCAAAACGCAUGGGACAACAUGCAGGUCAUUCGAACGCGUCUUUUGGAGCGGUAUCGCGCCUAUGCCGAUCUUGCGAUGCCCGUGGUCGGAUUUGUUGAUUGCUUGUUCAUUUCGCAGCGGCUAGAUUUGCAAGCUAGUCAGGCCCAAUCGACGGAUACCGAGUACAGUCUCGCUAGCAUCACGCCGUUGAUGAGUGCUUGCUUGCAUGAUURGCUUUCCGAUGACCAAUUUACCCAAGUCCAACAGGUUUGCCGUUCAAAGGACGAGCAGAUUUACUGGCUGUCUGUCAUGGCCGUGCGGGCAAACGUCAAGCCAAUAGUUUCCGUCUCGGCAGAACUGCGAGCGGCCGUCGAUGUCGCUUUCCGGGCAUUCUAUGAAGCAUGGAGAACUGAGCUGAGCCGCGACCAGAAGCUUGAUGCUGCCAACUCGAGUCUGUACAGAUACCGCGGGGGUGAUGAUGACGAGGAAGAAACAACGUCCGAGGAGCUCAACGAGCUGUUUCCAGGCUACGAGACUGAAAGCCGCAAAGCGUCAAAGCCGAGCGUGCUCACCGGAGCACAAGCAUUGGCACCCAAGAUGGCUGAGCUGUAUCACGCAGUUCACCAACCCGAGAGGAGGUUAGACAAGCAGCAGCUCAUCGAUUUGUUACAGCAGGCAACUCGGACAGAGUCGACUGCCUCAGCAUCAAAGACCCCAGCAAUACUCUGCGCAUUGCACGCUUUGACCUCAAGUCUCUCGCCAGCGACAGCAUCGCGUACAGCCAACAUCUACCUUGAAUCGAAUAUCGGGCAAUGCAAAGCUCUCGUCAGCUUGAUAGCAAAGGUGCAAGCCCGCUUUGAGACAAUCCACAAUGCGUGGCCCGACCACGCGUCACCCAUUGAAGUACUGCGAGCCUGUCAUAACGUUCUCAUGCYUAGUCACGGCGAGCCUCUAGCGUCCUUCCUCCCUCCAGUGGAAAAGGUGCAUGCGGCGAUCGGAGAGUGGCAGAAGUUCGCAAGCUCGGAAUUCUCAGCUGCUGGACUACUCGAAGACAUUACCAAUACCGUUGUAGGUUGGCGACAACUGGAAUUGUCAACCUGGGCCGGUCUUUUCGAGCACGAGGACAAACAGUGCAAGAAGAGUGCUGCAUCUUGGUGGUACAUUGCUUACGAGACUAUCAUCCGAGCAUCAGACGAGAUAAGUAGAUCCGCAGAUCUUUCCCUCGCCAAGUUCGCUCAAGAUCUCGUCGAGACCCUUGGUGGUUUCCUUGCAAACUGCGGGUUAGGAGAAUACACCAUCCGUCUGCGAAUGUUGGCCGACUUCGAGGCGGAUCUCGCAACACGAUUGAUCGACCAACCAAUGCUGGCAACCGUUCGCGAAGCACUGUCGAGCUUGAUCUCAUUCUACUCCAAUUUCGAGCAAGUCGUCGCCGAAAAGCUCGCGACGCGACGUGUGGCCCUGGAAAAGGAGGUGAAGGAGGUGAUCCAGCUAGCGAGCUGGAAGGAUCGCAACAUCGACAAGUUGAGGACAAGCGCGAAGUCCUCGCAUAAGAAGCUGUUCAGAACUGUUCGCAAGUAUCGAAGACUCCUAAGCGAGCCUGUGGCCUCGUUGUUGCAGGCGGACUUUCCAAAACUUGCCACUGGUGACAUCGAGCACCACAUGCCAAUUCUGCAGGUCGUCGACGUCCCCCUACCGCGUGUCGUCUCACAAACAUGGAAUGGCCGGCCGGUCACUCUGUUGAACGUGUCAGCAACUGUACGGGAUAUCGAAGCAACUGCUCAGGGCAGAGGGUCGACAGCAGCGAAGAGAAUCAACAAGUUCCUUGACGAGCUUGACGAGGAGAGUAAUGAGCUUCGGAAAGCCACUCCUGAAGAGGCCACGGAGAAGAACAAGAGCCUGGUCCAGCAUCUCAAGACCCGCAAGCGCCGCCUGCUUGCGGACGUGCUCCGGGAUGUGCGCUUGAUGGGCUUCCAGACCAACAUCGCCGACGAUGUCCUGGCCCAGCAGCAAUCGCUACACGUGGUACUCGCCAAAGCUCCACCACUUGGUGGUGAUAUCAUCUCUGCAAGCACGGCUGAUCGCGACUUCCAUCGACUGCUCCAUAUCAUGCCAUCUGUUCGGGAGAGCACUGUCAAACAUUCCGAGGACUUGACGCCAGCCGAGAUCGCACGAGCGAAGGUCCUGCUUGAGAGUAUGCUGCAGUGUUCCAUCAGCCAACACAAUGCAGUGAGUAGUCAAAUCAAAGAUUUGGCAUCCUUGAACGCGGUACUGGGUCGGCUUGCUGCGACCUCUUCGGGCGAAGAUGUAGCCAUUCGAAAUGGCGAGACGAUUGAUACGUCGAAGCUGAAGAUCUCGAGCGUCUGCGCUGUGUUACAAGCUUGUAUUCAAUGCGUGAGCACGCAGGCCGAGCUUUCUGGAACUGGGUACCCGCAGGUCAUGGAGCAGUUGGCACGCUGGAAUACUGAUUUGGUUACUGUUGAAAAGGACAUGCGUCUGGUGGCGACCCUACCACAGAAGGUCGACAACGCCGCCAUCAGAUCGCUGGAGACGUCGUACGCCAACGUUAUUUACCAGAUCUCGGUACAAGUCAACGAACUCAUUCAGCUGCAUCCAGAGCUGGGUCCUACGCUUUCACAGCUGUCACUGUGGGUGGCAAACCGGCCAGGCGAUUCAGCGGAGGCAACACCCGAGCCCUCUAUCUCACCCGACGUUUGGAUCAAGAAUCUCGUUGACAUCGUAGAUCGCGCGCAAAAGCUCGCCACACAGGAGAAGCCAGCUACCAUAGUCUCCAAUGGCCAGACAAAGAAGCAAUGGCUCCUCGAGCAGCAGAGGUCUCUACUCGCCGCUACAGAGAGUACGCUCAUCGGCACCAUCUCUGCGGACUUGAAGACCUUAUUGGCGCGAUUACAAAAUUUCUCGCACGAGGAGACCUUACCUGAGAUCGGUUUGAUGAUUCAAACUUUGCAGCCUGUUCUACAAGCAUACGCGAAUGCUGCGGAGAAGCUGGUCUCAGACAUGUGCACGCUUCACGCAGUCACCAGCAAGAUGGCCCAUCGACUAGCGGUAUCGUUCAUUCAGCUUGCGCGCCAGGGGUUCUGCACUCCAUCGGACAAGUCAGCGAGUGACGAGCAGCAAGCUGGCCAGGCUGAGAGCGGCACUGGUCUUGGAGACGGCGAUGGCGCUGAGGAUAUUAGCAAGGACAUCAAGGAUGACGAAGAUCUCUCGGAGCUCGCGCAAGACGCCAAGAAAGAAAAGGACGAUGGAGAAGAGCUGGAAGAUGAGAAGGAUGCCGUUGAUAUGGCGGAUGAGGAUCUUCAAGGAGAAUUUGGGGAGGAGAACGGCUCAGAAGGAGAAGAUGACGAUCAGGAUGGCCAAUCUGACGGCGAUGUGGACGAAGAGGCUGGACAUAUUGACGACAAAGAUGAUGAUGCGGUUGACGAGAAGACCUGGGAUGAUGGCAAAGCUGAGGAGAACGCCGAAAAGGAGGCUGACAAGGGCAAGGGCACUCGUGACGAAGAUAUUGCAGCCGCAGAGAACGCCGAAGCCGGCGCGGAUGAGGCUGGGGACGAUGGGCCGGAUGAUGGUCAAGAGGAGGAUGCCGGAGCGGAAGAUGAGCCCGACGUGGAACACAACCAGCCUGAAGCGGCUGAUCCACACAUGGAAAAUGAGCAGAAUCUUGACCUGCCGGAUGAUAUCAACAUGGAUGGUGACAAAGACAUGCCGAGCGACGUCUCUGAUGGAGGCUCGGACUUUGGCGACAAUCUCAGCGACGUUGAUGGAAACGACGAUGCUGGCAAAGAUGACGAGAACCUCGAUGUUGAUAUGGACGAUGAAGAGCAGCCGGGAGCCGAGCAGGAAGAUACCGGAGAAGCUACCGCUGCGGAAGAAAACCAACCAGAGGAGCAAGAUGAUGAUGCUGGCUCCGAUAUUGCAAUGCUUGAUCGUCCAGAGGACAAGGAUGAUACUCAACAGGAUGAUGGCUUGGUGUCUGCAGAUGCUGGCCAGGGCAACGAAGACGACGAAUCGGCGCAGAAGCAAGGGACCCUGUCGGCUGCUGAGCAGCUUCAAAAUGAGCUCGACACCCAGCAGCAGCCAAGCGACCAAUCUGGUGCAGCCGAUGGUGGUAAUCGAAGCCAACAAGAGGCAUCGUCCGGUAAGGCAGAGCCCGGCCAAGAACAACAAAAUCUCCCAUUCAAGCAGCUAGGAGACGUCUUGAAGCAGUGGUACGAUCAACACAAGAAUAUCGAGGCUGCCCAAGAACCAGAACCCGCUGGAGUCGAUCCAGAUGCUAAAGAUGAAAUGGACGUGGACAUGAAAGAUGCGCGCUUCGAACACCUGCCCGAGCACGCCGAAUCAGAGAUGCAAGCCUUGGGUGCGGCCGCGAUGGACCAAUCCAAGGCUCUUGAUGAACAGAACGCAAUGCCCAUCGAAGAGACCGGGCAAGACCAGGAUGCGGCUUCACCCAAAGAACAUGAAGAUGCGCCACAGUCACCAAACGAUGAGCCCAAAGACUCUGAAGACACUCAAGGUGCAGCGCCGAACGAGGCGGGCGCGGACCUUGGGCCAAAACCCGAGAAAGCUGUCGUCGGCAAACCCACAGAAGUAGAUACGGAUCUGGAAAUGGACGAGUCCGCAGAGGAUCAGAACGACAACAUCGAAGACGUCGACGAGCAGCUCACCAACACUCACUUGUCGCACGACAAUCAAGGUCUCAUCACCAUCGAAGAGGCCCGUCAAGCCUGGGCAGAACACGAGAGUAGAACCCGCAAUAUGGCGAUUGUUCUCACGGAGCAUCUUCGUCUCAUUUUACAACCCACGCAGGCUACCAAGAUGCGUGGAGACUUCCGCACCGGCAAGCGUCUGAACAUCAAGAAGAUCAUCCCGUAUAUCGCUUCUUCUUACAAGCGUGACAAGAUCUGGAUGCGCAGAUCCAUUCCCAGCAAGCGUUCAUACCAGAUCAUGCUUGCAAUCGACAAUUCGCAAUCCAUGAACGAGAAUGAGCGGAAGGGACUGGCAUUCGAUACUCUGGCUCUGGUCGCCAAAAGCAUGUCGAUGCUCGAGGUUGGGGAGCUGUGCAUUGUUGGCUUUGGCGAGACCGUCAACAUCAAUCACGACUUCGACAUGCCAUUUACAACUGAUGCUGGCGCAGAAGUGUACCGACAAUUCAGCUUCACGCAGUCGAGAACGGACGUCGAGAAGCUCCUUCAGACUUCCAUCGAGCUCUUCCGCACAGCUAGGUUGAAAGCCACGGGCUCGGCCAGCAAUCUUUGGCAGCUGCAACUCAUCAUAUCUGACGGCCUGUGCGAAGAUCACCCUUCAGUCCGCCAACUCGUUCGCCAAGCGCACGAAGAGCAGAUAAUGGUCGUCUUCAUCGUUGUUGAUUCCACAGCGGAAGAGUCCAGUAUCGGGACAAAGCAGAGCAUCAUUGACUUACCAGUGGCACGUUUCGACAAGGACGUGAAUGGUGAGACUCAGGUGUAUAUGGGCAAAUACCUCGACACUUUCCCCUUCCGAUACUACCUCAUCGUGAGGGAUGUUCUCGAAUUGCCAAAUGUACUUGCGGGAGCAUUAAGGCAAUGGUUUGCGGAAGUGGUGGAAACGGGCGGAUGA